CGCCAAGCUUUUGGGGCUGAUCCCACACAGCUUUUCGGCAGCAGCUUUUAAUGUCCCGCAAUUCGAAAGCCCCGGAAAUGGAAUCGUGGUGUUUGGUGUCUGCUCUCCGCUGGCAUUACUGCCAUCGAGGGGUAAGCUGCUGGACGCCGGACAGCCGCCGUAAAUUGCGACAAUUGAUUUCAAUUUGUUGCAUGCUGGUUGAGUGCAGAGAGAGUCGCCAGCGACACCAUCAACGAUGUUUGAUUCGAAGCUGAGUCUGUGCGCGGGUCGCAUGUUGGCCGAUUCCACCACCACCCCCGCAAUGGAUGGAUGCGAUGCGGUCAAGACGCUGAUAUGCCGAGCCUGUCUGGUGCUGCUGGGUCCGCAGGACCCUGUCCACAAUCUGGACAACGAACAGGACCUGGCCAGCAAGUACUACGGCUGCACUGGCGGGAAUCCGGGCAAGGAUUUGCCAACCCAGUUGGUGCUGAAAGGCAUCUGCGAGUGCUGCUAUCAAAUGGUGCAAAAGUUCCACGACUUUCAACGCAUGUGCGAAGAGUCCUUGCGCAAUUUUGAGAAGCUGCUGCAGGACAUCGACAUGGGGUGCCUCAAGCUGGAGGACCACAUGCCCGACCUGGACACCCCCUCGGAGAGCAACGAAUCCACUAAUCCGGAAGCCCAAUCGGACGCACCCCGCCUGGAAUCGCCGCAGGAGAUUGAGGAAGUGUACGUAGUAGAGGACGAGUCGGCCAAACAGGAUCUGGGCACGGAGAAGCUACCCAUUGCGACCAUUAGAAAGUGGCUGGGCACAAGAAGGCGACGAGGAGUGCGACACACCCUCGAGUGCCGCAUAUGCCAUCGUGGCUUCUACAAGUCCUCGCUGCUGGAGGCCCACAUGCAGCAGCAUGAGGGUCUGAAGCCGUAUACCUGCGUCCAUUGUGCCAAGAGUUAUGCCAGGGCCAAUCUGCUGGAGUCACACCUGCGGGAUAUGCAUCACAACAGCGCCGCGAGGAUAAUCUAUCCCUGUCCCAGCUGCAACAAGGUGUACACUGCGGACCGAAGUCUCAAGUAUCACAUGAAAAGAGCGCACGAGAACAGUCAUAUGCCAGAAUCCUCCGAUGCCCUGUACAUUUGUGAGGAGUGCGGCAAGUCCUUUGUGCGAAAGGCACAUUUAACGCGCCAUAAGCGGGUCCAUGGAAGCAUAGAGGGUCGGAGAUACUGCUGCGAGUACUGUGAUCAGAGGUUUUACACCAAGGAGAACAUGGUGGAUCAUCUGCAGCGAAAGCACGGAAACAAGAAUCUGCUCAGAUGCAAGCAAUGCGGACGCAUUUUCAGGAGCAGUGUGGAGCUUAGCGCUCACGCGAAGAAACACGAAACGAUGUAGUUCAAUAAUUCGUUUUAUUUGUGGUUUCAAUAACAUCAAGCUAACUCAACUGUUACAAUGAUUCGAAUUACUUGGAAUUUGUUACACCAGUAUU